GAACUUCAAAGAGUGCCCAAGCCCAACAAAUCAAAGAGCAUAAACAAGCCGUCUCUCCAAUACAGAGAGUCCAGAAACAAGAAAAAAAACAUGGAAAGAAAAGAAGACCAACAAGAAGAAGAAGAAGACAUAGUUUGCUUGGAUGAAUCUUUUUUCAUCAAUGACAAUUACCAGCUCACCACAUUCACAUUUGGGUCUCAAGUUAUUCAGCUCUUUUGUCUCCAUUCUGCUUCCACUGAUUUUGAUCUGACAGGACAAUUGGUCUGGCCUGGGGCCAUGCUGUUGAAUGAUUACCUUUCAAAGAAUGAUGAGAUGCUACAAGGAUGUUCUGCUAUUGAAUUAGGCUCUGGUGUUGGGAUUACUGGAAUACUUUGCAGUAGAUUUUGCCGUGAUUUUGUGUUGACUGACCAUAAUGAUGAAAUCCUCAAGAUAUUGAAGAAAAAUGUAGAUCUGCAUGCAUCUUCUGAAAAUCCAAAUGAUUGUGCUGGAUUAGUAGCUGAGAAGCUAGAAUGGGGAAAUUCUGACCAGAUUAACCAAAUUUUACAAAAAUAUUCUGGAGGGUUUGAUUUAGUUCUUGGAGCUGACAUUUGCUUUCAGCAGUCCAGCAUUCCUUUGCUUUUUGACACUGUGAAACAGCUUCUUCAAAUAAGAGGAAAAGGAAAUUGCAAAUUCAUACUUGCCUAUGUAUCCCGAGCUAAGACUAUGGAUUCAUUGGUUAUUAGUGAAGCUACCCGGUAUGGGAUGCACAUAAGUGAAGUAUCCGGGACUCGAAGCAAUGUUGGAAAUCUUGAUGGAGUCAUCUUUGAGGUUACCCUUCAAUAAAUGCACAAGGGUAUACACAACCUUCACAGGAAAUAUAACCGUGGGAAGAUAGAGCAAAUGACUGCAACCCUUCCAAUUGAGGGAAGAAGUUUUCUGGAUGAGCCAUUAAUAUACCCUAAACAAAAGCUGAGGAUUCACGUUUUAAUGAAAAUUGGCUUUAAAUAGCCUUUUUGAGUUUGGUAUGUAAUUUAGUUGCUAAUUGUGAGAUCAGGUAGCAAGACCCUUUGUUUA